AGACCGCAACACUAGCCCGCACUGGUUUCAGGGUCGUGAGUCGUGACGUCGUUGCUGCCGGUGGAGUGCGUCGCUUGUUCUUGGUCAGCAGUGAAAAUUCCCUCAUCAGCCGCCCGGAGAACCAGGAAACACUGCCCAGCCUGAACAGAGCGCGCAGCCACCACCAUGUCUCUGGCACGGACACUCUCCCGCUCCCUGCCCCUGCUGCAGACCCGGGCCGCCCCCAGGGUCGCCGCCCCCGCCGCCGCCUACCACGAGAAGGUAAUCGACCACUAUGAGAACCCUCGCAAUGUUGGAUCGAUGGACAAGAACGAUGUGACGGUGGGCACAGGCCUGGUGGGGGCUCCAGCGUGUGGGGACGUCAUGAAGCUGCAGGUGAAGGUGGAUAGCGACGGGAAGAUCAUCGAUGCCAAGUUCAAGACAUUUGGUUGUGGCUCAGCUAUAGCCUCCUCGUCCCUGGCCACCGAGUGGGUCAAGGGGAAGACACUUGAUGAAGCAUUAAGGAUCAAGAAUGUUGAUAUUGCCAAAGAACUGAAGCUGCCCCCAGUAAAGCUUCAUUGCUCCAUGCUUGCCGAGGACGCCAUCAAGGCAGCGCUCAGUGACUACCGGGUGAAGCAGUCCUCCAAGGAGAAGCUGAAACAAGAACAGCAGUAGGUAGUAUUAAGGGAGAGUCCACAAAGGAUAUUUCAUUUUAGCUGGAAAUACAUAUGGAUUCAUUCUGUAAAGAUCAUGUCAUAAUACUCAUAAAUGUACGUGACAAGCAAGUUAUUCCUGAAUAUUGCAAAGAUGCUACUAUCAGUUUCAAAAUUCAACCAGAUUGCAUCAACUUUUUAUUAAUUUUUAACCAUACUUGCACAAGUUCCAUUCACUUUCAUGACUUAAGUAGUUUUCUAGCCAACCAACUGCAGCUUUUAUUGGGUAAGUUUAAAACUACCUAUCUAUUAUAUACCUUAAAAUUAUUUAGUUUCAAAUUUUGUAGAUACUCUUUAGCAUUGUACAUACAGUGUGAUGUCAUUGUUAUCCCAUUUUUUCAUUCAUCUUUUGUCACAGGCUCAUCUAAGUUACAGUACAGCCUACCUAAUUAGGUGUUAAGUUCAGCAGAUAUUUAAUGCAUAUGAAAAUAUUUAGCUUUACAAAAAUUCUAUAUUGUAUAUAUGACAAAACUGGAUUUGAUUAAAAAUUUAAACAUUU